AUGUUGCUCUGGCCCCAAACUGCAGCUGACUGGACCACUUCAUCUCUGGCUUGUGCCCGGGGCCCCGAGUUCUGGUGUCAAAGCCUAGAGCAAUCGCUGCAGUGUGGAGCCCUGGGGCACUGCCUACAGGAAGUCUGGGGCUACGCAAGAGCUGAUGACUUGUGCCAGGAAUGUGAGGACAUCGUCCGCAUCCUCACCAAGAUGACCAAGGAGGCCAUUUUCCAGGACAGGACACGGAAGUUUCUGGAGCAUGAGUGUGACGUUCUCCCCUUGAAGCUGCUCGUGCCCCAGUGCCGUCACCUACUUGACACCUACUUCCCAGUGGUCGUCGACUACUUCCAGAGACAGAUUAACCCAAAGGUCAUCUGCAAGCGCCUGGGCCUGUGCAGACCUGGGCAUCCAGAGCCAGGGCAGGAGCCCGAGCUGCCAGACCCGCUGCCGGAGAAGCUGGUCCUCCCCGGGCUGCCGGGAGCCCUCCAGGAUCUCUCGGAGCAGCGGUUGCCCAUCCCCCUCCCCUACUGCUGGCUCUGCAGGACCCUGAUCAAGCGGAUCCAAGUUGUGAUUCCCAAGGGUGUGCUGGCCAUGGCUGUUGGCCAGGUGUGCCAUGUCGUACCCCUGGUGGUGGGUGGCAUCUGCCAGUGCCUGGCCGAGCGUUACACUGUCCUGCUGCUGGACGCGCUGCUGGGCCGCGUGCUGCCCCAGCUGGUCUGCGGCCUGGUCCUCCGGUGCUCCAACGAGGACGGCGCUGGCCCCGUCCUCACAGCUCUGGAGUCUCUGCCCGGAGAACGGUUACCUCAAGAGUCCGACUGCCACGUCUGCAUGCUCGUGACCACACAGGCAGGGAACAGCAGCGAGCAGGCCAUGCCACAGGCAAUACGCCAGGCCUGCCUCAACUCCUGGCUGGACAGGCAAAAGUGUGAGCAGUUCGUGGAACAGCACACGCCUCAACUGCAGAGCCUCGUGUCCGGGGGCCGGGAUGCCCACGCCACCUGCCAGGUAUGAGGAGCGGCCAGGGCAGCAUCUUCUGGAGGAGCUGUAAGAGGGGGCUUCCGGCCUGGGAACUUCCAGCCAGGCUUCACAGCCCACUGGAACCAGCCCCACUCCCACAACACCCCAGGGCUGGGUCCAGGGGAACUCAUCAGCCACACGGUCCUUCCCUGGCUCCAAGAGGAUGGCGGCGUAGAAGCCGGGGCCUGCCUCACUCUCAUCUCCAUGUGCACAAGAUCCUAGCUUUUACAGUGAUUUUGCCAAUGCUUUCACAAAACUCAAAUUCAGAAGAAUAAAAAAUUGGGAACAUCAAGUACCCUAAAAGAUAGAUAUAUGAAGUCAAACUUCAAAAAAAAAAAAAAAAAAGAGGAAAUCCCUGACUUGUCAAGAAUGGACACAGCAGGACUCAAGCAGGGUGGGAAGGUGAUUGGACAAGCUUUCAUAUCUGAGAUGUUCUCCUGCUUAAGAGCUAUCACUUCAAGAUGUAAAAAGGGGUUUUCUUUUUAUCUUUUUGUAAGGUGAGCUUCCAAGUUUUGGUUGAAAU